UUUGUGAACUUAAUAACCAAUUUAUUGCAAACUUUGAAGAGUGUGAAGACAAUACUAGAACUACUUUUAGUUUGGGUUUGAGAUAUAAAAAUAAGGUUGGGCCAGCUCUUAGUUGGCGUUUAGUAGAAAGUAAUAAUUGUAUGGAUUCAAGUUUGAAAGUAAGUAAAGAUAUUCGUAAAUUUUUAGAGAUAGUAAAAGAUAAUAGUUGUAUGGGUUCGAAAGUAAGUGAAGUUAAUACUAGAUUUACUUUUGGUCUGGUAUUAGAAUUGGAAGGUGGUAUAGAUUCAGAAGUAAGUGAGGAUAAUUCUGGGCUUGUCUUGGGGCUUAAAUUAGGGUUGGCAAAAGAUAAAAGUGGUUUAGGUUUGGAAGUAAAAAAAAAUAGUAAAGAUUUAGUAAAAAGUAAUGGUAGU